AUGGGCAAUUACGUAUCUUGCACUCUAGCCACCCCUUUGAUCAAGAAUUCCAAGGCGGCGAGGGUUGUCCUUCCCACCGGCGAAGUUAGGCAGUUUCGCCACCAGCCCAUCAAAGCAGCAGAGCUCAUGCUAGAGUGUCCAAAUUUCUUCUUGGUAAACUCACAAUCUCUUCACAUUGGCAGGCGGUUCUCUGCUCUUUCUGCUGAUGAGGAGGUCGAAUUUGGUAACGUAUACAUCAUGUUUCCGAUGAAGAGAGUGAAUUCUGUUGCCACUGCAGCUGAUAUGGCUGCUCUUUUCAUGGCUGCAAAUUCUGCAGCUAAGCGAAUAACUGGUGGGAAAAAUAAUAAUAAUAGUAACAAGGUCAGGGUCUUGCCGGAAACCUGCAGCGAUGUUCCGGUGGAAGGAAGUUCUCUGCAGGGCAGUGAAGAUGGAGGCUCGAGAUUGAGUAGUUGUGAAGAGGAGAUUGAAGGGUUUCCAAGGCCAGAGUUCAAUUACAGGUUAUCUGUGUGUAGGUCGAAGAAGCCCAUGUUGGAAACUAUUAAAGAAGAACCAGUUCGUUCAAGAUGA